CAAAAAGCGUGAAAAAAGUACGGUAGCGGUUCAUUUUUUAACGCAAUUAUGAUGUUUUAUCAAAAGAGUGGACUAUGAACGCUUUCUUUCUCAUGUCAAUUCUUUUCUCCGAGAAACGGUCCCAUUUUUAUUUCUUAAUAUUCGUUCAAGAAAAUCCGUUUUGUGUCUAGUUAAAAGGAGUGUAGUAUUAUUAGUGAUGGAAAGUAAUAGUGAAGAAAGUUUAAACUGCACACCAGAAGAUGUUGUUGAAUCGGCAACUGCAGCGACUAUGAAUAACACACAAAGAAAUAAACAACAAGACAAAUGGAGAUUUUUAAUUAUAUCAGGCACCUGCGUGUUCUUCUGUAUUUGCAUUGCUUUGAUAAUACUGGAUAACACCAUGGGAAUAUUUGAUUUGGAUGAAAAUGGAACCACAAAUUGUUCUGGCCGAUCUUCAUUAACAAAACUUGAAAACGGAAUGAAGCCCAAUCAAUUAAGACAAAAACAAUCGUGUCUUAUUCAAAAUAAUCAGGCUUAUUGUCAAGUUACGUGUACAAGGAUAAAAGCGGAAGAAAUCGUCAACAGCAACAAUUUUAGUAUAUGCGAAUCUACUUAUGUUCAUCUCAUCCUGGAAAAUAUUGAAUAUAACGACAAAGGAAUUCAGUCAAACUGGCUAGAGGGAUUUUCACACAACAUAAAAAUCCUAGAAAUAAAAGGAUCUACAAUUAGUUACAUUGGUGAUCGCUCUUUCAGUGAAAGUCCUUUCCAAGAUCUCUCUAGAUUGGUUUUAGAGAACACUAAUAUAAGUUAUAUUCGAAAAAACACUUUCCAAGGAAGUAAAAUAACUGAUUUUGAAUUUCGAUCAGACAUACCGAUAAUGGUUGAUUUUGCCUUUGGUGCUUUACAACCAUUAUCUAACACUCUGAGUUCAUUCCAGUUGAACAGGUGUAUUCUAGAACCUCAGAGUCUAGUGAACUUGACUGGAACAAACUCAACGCUAAAAUCACUAGUAUUAAUGGACUUGAGAUUUAAUUCCAUCCUAUACUUGAAAAGCUAUUCAUUUGUAGAUAUACCAAACGUCUAUCAAAUUUUUCUAUCUAGUAGUGAAAUCAUGGCAAUGGAGGCGAAGGUGUUUGAAGGUGUAGGAGCUGUUCUGAGCUCUUUAUCGAUAGAUAACAAUAAACUGGAAUCAUUACCAGAAGGAAUUUUUGAUUAUGUUUCAACUGGGCUCAUCAACAUAUCAGGCAAUAAGUGGUUGUGCAAUUGUGAUUUGUUGUGGUUCAAAGAAUUUUACGAAAAAGAAUAUUACACACAUUUCGGUGGUGGUAACAUACCAUUUAUUUGUUCAACUAAUGAAGGAGAAAAAAAUUACACAGACGUUGAUUUCUGUUCAUCAACCACAUCAAAAUUUGAUAUAAUCACAACCACAUCAAAUUAUAAUACAACUACAACACCAAUAACUACUACAAUUACAAUAACACCAGAAUCUAACUCAACCACAACGAAUCGGUUCACAAGUACUACAAAAACAACAGAAUCGCCUAGAACUAGUUUUCUUCCAACAACUAGUACUAUAAGUCCAACAGAGAUUACUUUACCACCAAUAAACAAUAAUUUAAUAAAUAUUAGCUGUAAUGAUUGUUCGAAAAGAAAUUCUUUCACGGCAAAAAACGAUAGACUGUAUAGUCAUACAGUAUCGGUAAGAAAUGGUACCAUAACCUACGAUUUUUAUGAAAUAGAUGAUACCCCAUAUUAUGAAAUCAAACUUCGAAAUUCUGUAGAAACGGAUUAUAUGAUUUGGUUUGAUACAAAUGAUCACAACGACGUUGGUUGUGAAUAUAAUAUUGAAGAAGUCGUUGAACUACGACGAUUGAAAUUCGGUAAAACAUAUAUAAUAUGUUUGUUAAAACGAAAUGAAACUACAGUAUCGCCAUUUGAUUGUACGGAUUUGUUAGUAUCCCACCAAUGGGACGAUAAACCGUGGAUUGUCAAUAAAGAUAAAGUAUUGAUCAUAGCACUUUACAUAGUAAUUCUCCUGGUAUUAAUAACAGUAACUGCAACCGUUAUGUACUGCACUAUAAAGCGACAUCCGAAAUUAAUAGGAGCUACUAAAACGGUUUAUGAAAAUAAUAUAUCCCCUGCUCCAUCAAUGUAUUCUAUCAGUGAUGGAUAUCUUUCACCGAAGUAUUAUGAGCGUGUUUUAACCAAGAGAAAAAGCAGUAGAAAAUUAAGUACGAUUUCAGAGAGGGAUUUUGAAGGAGCCUUCAACGUCGUUUAUAAUGUAUCUGAAUUUCAUUCAUAUGAGCCGCCACCAUUACCUUUAAACCAUCCAACUUUGUGGAGAAAAUUAGAUAAUGAAGAUGAAUUUUGUUCGUCCUCCUCACCAUUGAGACGAUGUAAUAGUUCGAAAUUCGAGAGAUUUUGUAUUUCCCCAAUUGACGAAUGUUGCAGAUCGAAAAGUCUACCUAAUGGAGCAUCUAAUAGUUUGAACAUUUGUAACUGAUAAGUUCACUUAAUUUUCCAAACGCAUCAGAUGUACUUGUAUUAAAAUCAUAAUACAACAAAUAUAAAAA